UUAGUGUGAAGGAGUGCGAAUGAAAAUAACGCUUACGAAACAAAAGGGCUGCCGAUGAUUUGCCGCGGAAAAAUGCAUUGCCCGAAACCGGCUUUUGUACGAUGUUGCUAUACCAACGCAACUGGAUCGCGCGCACUGCCAUUGUAGCGAGAAAACACAAACAAAACGUACGGUAAGGCUUCGUAACGCAUGCCGGGUAACGGGCAUGAUCGCGAUCUCGUAAAAUCUCGUCUGUUUGGUGGGAGGCAAUUGUAGCCGCUAGUGGAAGGGGUCAAUUGUAACGCAUCAACACGAACACGGGGGAUCAUUCGUUCAGCCGAUGGCAAAAGCGGUCGCAGAAGUAAAAGUAGUGUAGCGUGCAAUAGAUGUGCCUGGAAAAUUGUGUGCGCUUAAGCUGACCGUGCUACCGAAACCAAAAAAAAAAAAAAAACGUGCAAAAGCCACAAGAGAAAAAAAAAUAAAACGGUACCAAAGCGGGUGGAAGGUAUCCGAUCGGCGGUCAGUGCUGUAAAGUGAAUUAUAAUCUAAACCCGCUGCCGUGUGCAUAGAGUUUGUGCGUGCGUGUGUGCGUGGUUGAAAGUGUGAAAAGCGAAUGGCAAUAGAAGAAGUGUAAGAAAAGAAGUGAAAGAAGUGUGAAGGGAAAGCAAACAAGCGGAGGAAAAGAAGGUGCAAAAAGUAGAAAAAAAAGCAAUAGUACCAAACGGGGCAACAGUUGGCAAGAAGUUGGUUGAAGCAAAGUGAAAGCAAAGUGAUGGCAUAGCUAGCCGAAGUUAGAUCGCACGUAGAAGCGUAAUUUGAAGAGCUGCAAACACUAAACCACAACAAGAGUGCAAGAGCAAGAGCGGGAAAGAAAGAGAUAGAGCAACUAAUUGAACAGCCCUCCUAUGUGCAACGCCAAACUAACAACACAAAUAUCAGCGACCCGCAAAGACUGAGCUUUGGUGCUGAGGGCUAAAGCGAUGUGCGCCAUGCGUUCGAAUAGCCACACUAGUACUGCUCGACAAAAUCGGUGCCCUGCAUCAGUGACAUUCAUUUGACCAGUCUGGUACCGUACCAGUAAGAAACGUAAGGGUCAUGCCGGCAUUGCGUCUGUUUGGCCGGAAAUGGUUAGCCGCCUCGGACGACCUCGUAUUUCCGUGCGUGUUCGAAAUCUGCUUCCGGAUCGUAUGGCUCGGGCUGAUUUCCUGCGUAACGUCCACCUACUGGAACGUGACCGAGGAGUGCGGUAAGGAUGCACUCCCGGUACGGAUCUAUCUGGUAGGGACCAUAGUGUUAAUUAGUGUAAAUAUAGUUCUACUCGUCAUCUUAGUCAACCGCAGCGCCCAGGGCAGCAUCACCGAGGUGCACAAGCGCCGGCUGGUCGCACCGCUGCUGGUAAUAAAAAUACUACUAAUCAUACCGGAAACGGGCUUAAAUGUGCUGGGCACCAUGUGGGCGUUCUGUGGAACGUUUGAGUGUAAAAGCAACGAUAAAGUAUCCCGAACUGUGAUCGAAGCAAUCGUCCUAUUCAACUGGGUAGUGUUUGCGCUGAUAAUAUUCGGCCUAGCCAUCGUGUUCGACCCACUUGGGUCGGCCAAAUACAAGAAUGGCCGGGACACGAACGACAACGGUCCGACGGAAUCGGCCAUCCAUCGGAAGGUUUCCAAGCUGUGGUUCCGCCGGUUUCGGUGGGCGUUCUGCUGCCUGCGCCGGGACGAGUUCGGCCAUGAAGCGUUCACACAGGUGGCCAGCCUGCUGAGCGCGCUGUUCCGCGGCACCGACCUCGUACCGUCGGACAUUGUGGCCGGCUGUGUGCUGCUGCGUGUUCGACAGAAGCGUGAAACGCGCGAAAUGCGCCGGAUACGCAUGCUGAACGACGAUGGGCCACGCUACUCGACCGAUAUUACGCGCGUCUUUGCCACCUCACCGGCCUGGAUGACGAUCAAGAAUGCGAGGCAUUUCCUGCGCUUUGCGCUGGCUGCGUACGGCUGGCCGAUGGUGUGCUAUCUAAACUGCUGCACCGGCCCCUAUCGACUAAUACCGAAGAUGACGUGCUGCGCGUGCUUCCGACGAAAACCCCAGAUCAUCAUCGAUGACAACUGUUGCCUAUGUCACCUGGCCGGUGUACGGCAUACGUCCCGUCUGCGCAGUGAGGAUGUGCUGCAUGCUUCGUUUAAAAACCAUGUGUUUGAGUUACCAUUCUGCAUAAUGGCGGACCACAGUACGAAAAGCAUCGUGAUCGGUAUCCGGGGCAGCCUGUCGAUGCGCGAUGUGUUCACGGAUCUGGUCGCAAAUGCGGAACGCUUCGACGCACCCGGCAUGCCGCCCGAAACAUCCGCCCAUCGCGGUAUGGUCGCCGGCGUAGACUGUAUGCUGAAGCGGUUGCGCGAGGGCAACAUACUGGAACGGAUCUGUGCCACCUACCCGGACUACACGCUUGUGCUAACCGGCCACAGUCUCGGGGCCGGCGUGUCGAUCCUGCUCGCGGCCAAACUGCGCAGCCGCUUUCCGGAUCUGCGCGUGUACGCGUUCGCGACACCGGCGGGACUGCUUUCGCGCGAGGCCGCCCGCUGCACGGAAAGUUUCGCCUUCACGAUCGGCGUGGGGGACGAUUUCGUGAUGCGGCUCGGUGUGGAUUCGAUCGAGAAUUUGCGCACGAGCGUGAUAGAGACGAUACGGGCGUGCAAGCUGCCAAAGUGGCGCAUCAUGCUGAACGGGUUCGGGUACGCACUGUUCGGAGUGCCAUCGAGGGACCUGGAAACGACCUGGCACGAUGUGACGGAAAUCACGAAAAAAGCCGCCGCCCAAAGUCCACUGCUUUCGGGCGAACGGCCAAUACAAACGGUCGCCACUGCGGAGGGCGGAUUACUAUCCAGCGAAAUAUCCUCGAGACGCUUUGCCAAAACGCGUCUGUACACCGGUGGCCGUAUACUGCACAUCGUGCGCCGAAAGAAAACGGAACUGGAAAAGAAAUCGAACAGCGGCGGUCCAAUGUACGAGAUGCGAUGGGCAACGGCCGAAGACUUCACCGAGCUGAAGGUGAUGCCGCGCAUGCUGCUGGACCAUCUGCCCGAUAACGUUUUCAAAACGCUCACCACCAUCCUGGAGGACCAGAAAACGCACAACGGUUCCGUGCUGUCGUUGCAGGAAAUCUGAACGCCACACGGAAACCAAGCAAUUCCGUAACUGGGACGUGCAGAUGACACCAGAAAACAAAAGUGCCUUAUGUGAAAUUGAUCUUGCCUAAAAUUGGUUGUUUGUGGUGCUGUGGACGACAGAAGCGACCAAUCACAGCCACACACACACACACACACACACGCACCCCCGGUGGUCAACUUAAUCAUAUCUUCCCGUAUCUAUCAGUAGCCGGGGUAGUGGCUGCUGGCGCCCACAAACAUUCCCGGUACCCCCCACCAGCGUUUCUCAGUCAGCGCGGGGAAAACCAACGUACGAAACCACCUAAGAUGAUAUUACUAUUACACCCGUCCUCAUGCCCAUGUCCUAAACUAAGUUGACUAUAAGCGUAUGACAAAGAGCAUUCCAGCGAGAAUAGCAGCCAAAUUAAAACACAUUCCCCUUUUUUUAAAUGUAAAAUAGUUCCAUUGUGUUUGCUUAAGUUGGUAUGUCGGAUUCCACCUGUGUCCAUUCCAUUCGAGGCACCGCUGCCUUUGCCUCUUUGCGGAGGGAACCCCCGCGCAAGGUACAUUUACUAGCUAGCACCAUACUGAUAGUGAUGUUUCUUCUGUAAGAUAAGCAUAAUCCGUAACCGUACAGAAGAUGAGCGGAGUGAUCUUCCACUUUUUGCUCUGUUUUCUUGAUUGGAAAAAUCGUAAAAAAAGCGUAAAGUUGUGGAACUCUUGCAUCAGCAGACACCAAAACCACAAAACUCUCACGUGUUUUCGGUUGUGAUAAAAGCGCAAAAAUGGUAGACAAAUUAAACAAAUGAAAAACAUCACAUAAUCCAGAAGAUAUAUUGAAACGCACGCACACAAAGAAAAUUGAAUCGCGUUUUGUGAAGCGCGCGAGAUAUUUAUUAACUUAUGAAGUUUUGUUGCGUUUGUAGACGAGUUUUCAUUCCUUCUUUUUACAUAAAUAAUUUUCGAACGCCCGACCUAUGUCGGUUAGGCUUAUAUCAUGUUUCGAAACUGAAAUCGCGAACGGAUAAUUAGCAAUAAUGAUGAAUACCGGAGUACAGGAGACCGUCCGCUGUGUGAGUGUAUGUAGUUUUUUUUUAUAUAUAUAGAUAAAAACAUAUCUUCUCUUUGUGUA